CUAAUGCACAGUCAAAACAAACAUGUCAACUUCCACCACCAAAGAUGACAUAGCUCAGUAGACCUCAGAAAUAAAGCUAAUUGGUGUAUAAAAAGGUGUGAGUGAUGUCAGAGAGCGAAGAUGGCAGCAUCUUGGGAGGCAGUGGACCUUUAGAUAUGAAUAUUGUUAGUUUACCCAAAAUGGAUGCAGCACAGCUUGACCAGCUAGGGCUUAAUGGGCAUGCAGGAACCCUCAGUACCAGUGGUCUGACUUCCUUGGCUGCAAAUCCCCAACAAUAUGCUCCUGCAUCUUCAGGCAGUACACAAGCUAUCUUGGAACGUGUCAUUGCACAGGGACCCCGCGCUCUGAGUAAUGUGAGUCCUGCGGUGACAUUCACAACUGCAGGGAGUAGUGCGCAAGAUUCCUAUGGUAGCCUGGAAUAUGUCACCCAGAUGCCUCUCCAAGAUGACCAACAGGCAAAGUUCCCAGAUACCCUUGUGUCAGUAGAUAAUGUUGCUUUUGUAGACAUGAAUGAUGCUGCCAUUAAAGGGGCAACUGCAUCAACUCCCUUGGAACUGUACUUUGAUGUUAUGAACCCAACUACCACUGCUGCUCCCACAACUUCUAGUGGUCACCAUGUCCGGCAUGAGCACCAAAACCCAAAGUCUCAGCUGUUAGAGAGAGCUUAUUCUGACAUUUUCCUUCAGCAGCAGGAACAGCAACAACAACAGCAACAGACGCAAGAUCAAGAACCUGAACAUAUCCUUCCAGAUGUUACGACAGCUAAUCUAGUUCAGAUAGAACACGAAGGACUUUCACAUACAUUACAUGAUUACCGAAAACCAAAUAAACUGGAAAUACAGAAAAGACAAUUACAACAGCAGUUGCAACAGCAACAACAGCAGGAAAGACAACUUCAGCAGCAACAUCAGGAACAGCAACAGCAGCAUCAACAAAGACAGUUGCAGCAUCCACAUAGGUUACAGCAGCAGCAGAAAUCCUUUCAGUUUCAACAACCACAACAGCGACAAGUCCAACAACAGCUACAACAGCAGCUACACCAAAAACAUCAUCAUCAACAACAGCAGCAACAGUCACAGUUACAACACCAACAGAAACAGUUCCAACAGCAAAUUCCUAAAACCCAGGAGCAAAAUAGUCAAGACGAUGAUCAAGAGCAACAGCAGCAGCAGCAACACACCACUCAACACAUGCCUCUUGUUUCUCGCAGUGGCCGGCCCAUCCGCCGCAGACCGGAAUAUGUUGAGUAUGUGAGCCAAAACUUGAAAGAGGAAGAGAUUUUACCUCACCUUCCGGAGCAGUUGGUCAAAGUUGAGGCUAUGGUUAUAGGUACAGAUUAUGAAGAGGAGGACCCUAUGGAAGAAGUGAUGGAAGAGGACGACCCUUUGGAGGAUGAGAUGGACUCUAAUGAUGAAGAUCCAGAGACCAGUGGUAAUUAUAGCACUGAUGGGAAAAAAUCUCUGCCACACAAGAAAAGAAUUCCAAAGAAACUAAAAACCACCAAAAAACAUGUGAAGUGCUAUAAGUGUGCACAAUGUGGUGAACAGUUCACAAAUCAACAACAGUUUGCAGCUCAUAAGCAGACACACACACCACCUCCAAUGAAACCAAAACCUUUCAAAUGUGAAAUUUGUGCAAAAGGAUUUGAUAGUCAACUGAAGUUUUUUGAACAUUUAAAAAUUCAUUAUGAACCAUACAAAAAACACAAGUGUGAAGUUUGCAGUGGAGAGUUUGAAAGUGCUGAUGCUUUGCAGGAACAUUCACUGGUUCACUCUAGGGAACAUUUCACUUGUGAAUUGUGUAACAAAACAUUCCGUAAAGAAAGCAUGCUUGAAGUCCACUUAAAAGUUGCGCACAUGGAAGAAGAAGAGACAAAUUCUAUUGAUAAACCUUAUACCUGUGUUGCCUGUCCCAAGAGUUACCGUACACAGAUGGCUCUUGACUCCCACGUCCAGUCAGAACACAGUGAAAAUCCACCAGAAUUUAAUUGUGAAGAUUGUUAUAGAGUUUUCAAGUCUAAGACAAAAUUGGUGACUCACAGAAAAACUGAACAUAAAGAAGAAGGACCUCAGAAUAAGGGUGCACCCAAAAAGAAGAUCAAGAUAGGAAAGGCAGUAAAAGGUGGUUAUGCUUGUUCUAUAUGUCCAAGGGUGUUCACGCACAAAAACUCACUCGUUUAUCACAUCAGAGGACACACAGGUGAAAGGCCUCAUCAGUGUGAACAGUGUGGUAAAGCUUUUUAUGCUGCAAGUGCUCUCAAAGUUCAUCAGAGACUACACAGUGGUGAGAAGCCUUACAAGUGUCAACUCUGUGAAAAAUACUUUAGGCAGUGGGGAGAUCUCAGAUACCACACAACAUCUGUUCAUUCAGAAGAUAGACAGUAUCAGUGUGAAUACUGUGGGAAGGACUUCAAACGCAAGUAUUGCCUGGUUGUGCACCGCAGAAUCCAUACUGGUGAAAAGAAUUACAAGUGUGACUUCUGCAACAAGGCAUUCCGGGCUGCAUCUUACCUACAGAAUCACAAGAGAAUUCAUACAGGUGAACGACCACACCCUUGUCCAGACUGUGGAAAACCUUUCCGUGUCCGUUCGGACAUGAAACGGCAUCGCCAGACUCACAUGCGAGAUGCCGCAGGCUCUGGGUCUGGGGUAGGAACACCAGCAUCAGGUCAUGUCAAUCAAGGUGGCACUCAGUCACCAUCUCCAGCUGCUCAGGUUGUACCUGGAACAAUAUCACAAGCAAACAGUCAGCCUCAGCUAAUUUUAUCAGACCAGGUGUCAGUUCCUGGAAAUGUAGAUCAACCAAUCCGAAUUAUGGUUUCUAGCCUAAAUGCACAACAGGUAACGACUGCAGUUCACCCACCACCAGCUCAUAGACAGUCACAGCAUGUAACAGUGCCAGUGUCUGGGAACAUAGCAACUUUAACCACUGGUCCUGUAUCUCCGGGGGGGACAACCACCACCUUGAGCCCAGAGGUCAUCAUUAUGGAUGAUAACACUCACCAACCCAUCAACCUCAACAUAAUUCCUCGCAUGAUCACCCAAGAACAGGUGGCAUCCUCACCACACACCAGCCAUGCCACCCUUGUCACUACUGAAGAAGAGUAUCUUGCUAACUCUGGCCGCAACACCCUAGAGGUCCGGGGAGAAGAGGGAAGUGUUUACGUCUGGCAUGGAGUAUUUACUGAUUAAAUUUAAGCUUGAUGUGAAGCACAAACAAGUAAGUAUAUACUGGAGGCAUCAUGCUUUUCAUUAGUUACAAGAAUAGUGGCCAGUUGAGGCAAUUUCUACUUGGACUUCUUUGCUUUGCCAUUUUCCAAUGGAUUGCCUCUUGGCUGUGUUUUCUUCCUGCUAUGAAAAGUUAUAAUGGGUAAGUGUUCAUUAUGUCAGCUAGAUGUUCUGGAACAGUACUAACACAGUACAUGCCAGAUAAAGUAAUAACAGACUGUAAAUGAGAAAUAAUUUGUUGAGAAGAUCGUGUACCUGAUAUCUCCAAUAUUUUACUUCUUUUUAUGGAAUUCAUUACUAUUAAUAUUAAUGGCAGUGCAGUUGAAGUAUUGACUUGCCGUAGACGUUCAUUAGCUACCUCAGGUUGAAAUUUUUUGUACUGUGGUACUUCAGAACAAACAUAUUUUGAAGCUGUGCUAGAAAGUCUCAGCAGAAUAUUGAUCUGAAAAGUUUUUGUAUCAUACAGAUCAAAUAUUCACUAUGUUUAAGCUAUCCAACAGUAUUUUAUACAAUUUACUGUAAUAUAUUUAUUAUAAAACAAAUAAAUAUGCAAUAUUGGAAUUUA